CUGAUGCUUUACAUACCACACCGCGUGUGUGUAUAUAUAACUACCCCCGCUCUGGCGCCAUUAAGCUUCACGCUCUACUCGCUUCCCUCUCUUCUUGCGUGAGAUAACAACCUAUACUUACAUACACUGUUUGUAAGCUCAUCAACAGUGCAAGUGCUUUGCUACGCCUUUAUUGUUCUAUUGUGACCUAUCGCUAUUUCACGGAUAUUGUCUCUCUUGCUAGGACCUCACUCUCUUCACUGCUGGUUAUAAUCUUGAUGGAGCUGAGCAAGAUGACGCUGGAGAUCUUCUCGAAGCUGGAGCAGAAAUGGCUGUAUGAAGGAAAGAAGACGCGCAUUCUCAGCAUUGACGGCGGGGGAAUCACCGGCAUUGUCGCCGGCGAGUCUUUGAUUCAUCUCGAAGAGCAGAUCCGCGCGAAGUCCGGCGAUUCGAACGCUCGAAUCACUGACUUCUUCGACAUUAUCGCCGGGACUGGAAUCGGAGCAGUGUUCGCGACAAUGCUGACUGCGGAUGACGGUAACGGACGUCCGUUAUUCACAGCAACCGACGCCGUGAAAUUCGUCACCGAGAAGCAUAACUCGCUGUACAAAGCGCAAAGCUCCGGUGUUUUUCACCGGAAGCGCAUGUUCUCCGGCGGAAGCAUGGAGAAAGUGUUGAAACAAGCGUUGACUAGAGAAGACGGCAAGGUAUUGACUCUCAAGGACACGUGUAAGCCUCUCCUCGUGCCCUGCUACGAUCUCAACAGCUCGGCGCCUUUCGUCUUCUCCCGCGCCGACGCUUCUAAUUCGCCCAGCUACGACUUCGAGCUUUGGAAAGUGUGCCGUGCCACGUCAGCGACUCCUUCGCUGUUCAAGCCGUUCAGCUUGAGCUCAAUCGAUGCGAAAACUAGUUGCUUAGCUGUUGAUGGCGGUUUAGUUAUGAACAAUCCGACUGCAGCUGCUGUUACUCAUGUGUUGCAUAACAAGCUUGAUUUUCCUUCUGUUAGUUGCGUUGAAGAUCUCGUGGUUUUGUCUAUUGGUAACGGUCAGUUAACGAGUCCUGCGCAGACUAAACUGCGACGGAAUGGUGGAUGUGUCGCCGAUUCUGUUGUCAACAUUGUUCUCGAAGGCGUUUCCGAGACGAUUGAUCAAAUGCUCGGAAACGCCUUCUGCUGGAACCGCACUGAUUACAUCAGAAUUCAGGCGAAUGAAGGCAACGGCGGAGUGAGAGGAGUGUUGAAGGAGAGAGGAGUGGAGUCUCUGCCGUUCGGCGGGAAGCGGUUGCUGACGGAGACUAACGGCGAGAGGAUCGGAAGCUUUGUGCAAAGGCUGGUUGCUUCAGGGAGGAGUAGUUUGCCACCAAGCCCUUGCAAAGAUAACGGUGUUGAUGUUUUGGUUAAUGGACGUUAGUGUUGUUGCUUGAUUGUUGUUUUUUUUCCGUUUAUGGUAGUUUUUAACUCUUUUAACCCACUCUGUAAGUUUAGCUUUGUUUAAAGGUCUAGUCUACUGAGUAGUGUACUCAUCUGAUCAGGUUACUUUUAACUGUUUGUAUUCCCCCCAGUUAAACAGUACUUACUCCAAUAACACAGUGAUCUGAUCUAUCCAGCA